AUGGGAGCUGCAUGUUCAUGCUUUAAAGAAAACCAGCUUGACUCCGACCAAUUUACAGUUCAAAAAAUAUCAUCAAAUUCACGUGCUCAGCAAGAGCAUAGCCCAUUUGUGAUAGAAGUUCCAGUUACUUCUUUCCAAUCAUUAGAAAUAAAUAAUUCAAACCUUAUCGUUUUGCAAUCCUUAUUAAGAGGCUUUUUAGACCGCCGGAAAGUAAAAGAGAGAAUAAAAUCUCAAGGAACUCAAGUAUAUUAUUUAGAUUAAAUAAGAUUUCGAUUUUCCUAUAAUUAUUUAAUUUUAUGCAGAAAAUGGUAUUUUAUUCAUUAGAAUUAGAUUAUACUGUGUAUUAAAGUCCCUACUUCCUGGACUGCAUACCGCAUUUCUACCCGCAGGGUGGUAGAGCAUAACCACGCUAAGCCCGGGCCGAAACCCCCAGCUUCUCGGUAGAGGUGAGGCCAAGGGACAGAUUACAGUCUUAACUGACCGCCUCCAUUUCCAACUUGUGUGUUGCCCAAGUCCACGCCAAUACUGCCCUUUUCAUUGGCCAGAUCCGCUCUUUACCGAGCACCUUGACUGGAGAGACCCCAAUGCCUUGACUUGGUGUCUAAAUCGCCUCCCCUCUUUUCUAGCCGUCCCGAGAAAGAACUCAACAGCUUUCGCCAUUCGGGGCAAGUCAUAGAAGCAGCUUAGGCAGGUAUGUCGCUCUGCCUCAUUUUGGGCACCUACUGGGCUGGCAAAAAAAGUCACGAGUAACUGCCCAAGGGUUUGGUCGCCAAAACAGCAGUCUUCGCGCUUAGAUCUCUUGCUUUGAGGUCCCAAACGUUCUGGGCCAACUCCUGGCUCCAAAAACCACGCCCGGGUAUACAUGGGUCACCACCUCUGAGAGGGUGGGUCGGUCACCAUCCGCCAUUUUAUGUAUAUGGCAUUUUUAUAAUAAUAAAUAGACAAAAUUGAAUAAAACCAUUAUAAGAUUAAACUCUGGAUACACAGCCCAGCCUAGAAACUCGAUUCUUGAAAUCCAUGGCGAUCUUCCAAAUUAUGAAAAUACAAUUACUCAAGCUAUAAGCAAAAAGCUCGAGCCGUUUCAAUAUAAUUAUGAUUUUAAUGAUCCAGCCCCAAGAGUGAAAAAAGGCCCAGUGCAGCUUGAUAAUGGAGCAAUUUAUAUUGGUGAAUGAAGUGAUAGAUGAGAAAGACAUGGAAAAGGAAUACAAGUAUGGCCAGAUGGCUCAAAGUAUGAAGGAUAUUGAAUGCAUGAUAGAGCUAAUGGCAAAGGAAGACUCAUUCAUAAUGACGGAGACGUUUAUGAAGGAGACUGAGUCGACGAUAAAGCACAUGGACACGGAAAUUAUCGACAUACUGAUGGUGCCACUUAUGAUGGACAAUGGCAAGACGAUAAGCAGCAUGGCCACGGCGUAGAAGUAUGGCCUGACGGAGCUCGCUAUGAAGGAGACUACACGUUUGGCAAAAAGGAUGGAAGAGGAAAUUUUAAUUGGUCUGAUGGCAGCAAAUAUAUAGGAGAGUUUAAAGAAAAUAACAUUGAUGGCUAUGGCAUUUAUUCAUGAAUGGACGGCAGAAGGUAUGAAGGGACUUGAAAAAACAAUAAAAUGGACGGGUUUGGCACUUUCACAUGGGCUGAUGGAAGGUGCUAUAAAGGAGAAUAUUAUGAUGACAAAAAGCAAGGAAAGGGAACUUUUUCUUGACCGGAUGGAAGAAAAUAUGAAGGAAAUUGGCAUAAUGGAAAGCAGCAUGGGCGUGGGAUUUAUUGUACAGCUAAAGGGGAGAAAAAAGAAGGAGAAUGGAAAGAUGGAAAAAGACUAAAAUGGGUCGAAAAUUAA